AUGCAACAGACGACUCUUGAGGAAAGCCGGUACCGUUGGCAGGACUCGCUGGAGAAUGUCGCUGUGUGCCUGCCAUUCCGCUGCCCGAGGUGUGGAGACCAUACCAGGUUUAGAAGCUUGUCGUCCUUGAGGGCCCAUCUGGAAUUCAGUCACAGCUACGAGGAGCGGACCCUCCUGACGAAAUGCAGCCUCCUGCCAUCUCUCAAGGACACAGAGCUAGUCAGGUGCGCGGAACUCCCGAAGCAGGGAAAACUGAUUCGGGGCCACGCAAAGGUGACCAAGCAAAAGCCAAGCUAUGUUAACUUGUACAGCAUCUCCCACGGGCACUCCAAGGACCCGAAGCCCUUUGAGAUGGUGGCAGAGAGGCCCGUGUCCUAUGUGCAGACCUACACGGCCGUGGACAUUCGGGCUGACUCUCUGGAAGCUCCCCGCUCGAGCCCUGGACUUCCCACCCCGGACACCAAAGCUGCUUUCGAGGCCCACGUCCGAGAAAAGUUCAAUCGCAUGGUAGAGGCGGUGGACAGGACCAUCGAGAAGAGAAUCGAUAAACUCACCAAAGAGUUGGCCCAGAAAACCGCCGAACUGUUGGAGGUCCGGGCAGCCUUCGUUCAGCUGACGCAGAAGAAGCAGGAAGUUCAGAGGCGAGAAAGGGCCCUGAACAGACAGGUGGACGUGGCCGUGGAAAUGAUCGCAGUGCUGAAACAGCGCCUGACAGAAUCCGAGGAGGAGCUCCUGAGGAAAGAGGAAGAGGUUGUCACAUUCAACCAUUUCCUGGAAGCAGCUGCCGAGAAGGAGGUUCAAGGGAAAGCAAGGCUCCAGGACUUCAUUGAGAACCUGCUGCAGCGGGUAGAAUUGGCAGAAAAGCAGUUGGAGUACUAUCAAAGCCAGCAGGCCUCUGGCUUCAGCCGGGAUGCUAGCGAGCACGUGCUCACAGACAUCUCAUCGAAUAGGAAGCCCAGAUGUCUAAUCCGAGGGCACCCACAUUCUGCGUGCAACCACCCAGAGCUGAGGGCCCAUUUCCAUCUAAGGGGGAGGAGCUACCUGAAGAAAGUCAAGGAUGAAAGAGCCGGGAUGCAGCCUGCCAAGGCCACUCACGAACAGGCUGAGUCUCCGAGAGAAUUCUUCAGACCAGCUAAGAAGGGGGAGCAUCUGGGCCUGAGCCGGAAAGGCAACUUCAGGCCCAAAAUGGCAAAGAAAAAACCUACAGCCAUCGUGAAUAUCAUCUAGUGCACGGGUGGCUCAGACGUAUCACCUUGGGGCUUGGGGAAUGAUGUUCCGGGGCCAACAGGGUUGUCCUUUGGGGGCACAUUGCCAUAGGAAGACAUAACAGAGCAAGGAACACAUAGGACUCCCUG